AUGGCAGAACCCUGCCGUAUCGUGGUGAUGGCGAGUGGAAAUGGCUCGAACUUUCAAGCUCUCAUCGACGCUGUCAUAUCACAGAGAAUCAGCAAUGCACAGAUCGUGCGGCUCUUCGUAAAUCGGAAGAAGGCGUAUGCUGUGACCCGCGCCGAGAGUGUGGGCAUUCCGUCCACCUACUUCAAUAUGAUUUCCCAGGGUUUCCAGGGAAAGGGAGAAGUAGAUCCAAAGAAGCUGAAGGAAGCGCGCUCGAGGUAUGAUGCUGUGUUGGCGGAGGUAGUGCUACAGGACAGACCAUCUCUGGUGGUCUUGGCUGGGUGGAUGCACAAGAAUGACCUGACCGUGCCUAAUGACGAUGCAGGCAUGUAUGACGGUGCAGACGCUAUCGAGCGCGCUUUCCGAGAUUUUCAGGAGGGCAAGCUCAAGGAUAAUCGGACUGGCCUCAUGAUACACUACGUCAUUGAAGAGGUCGACAGAGGCGAGCCAAUCCUAGUCGAGGAGAUUGAGUGCUCCAAAGACGAGGAUUUGCACCAGCUGGAGCAAAAGUUUCAUGUUCGCGAACACGAGCUGAUCGUAAACGCAACGGCAAAAGUCGUUGGAGAGCUGAUGGCUAAUUGA